UUUUGUCUCUGGCUCUCCACUCCCACCUUGGACCUCCUGGCUUUUCACUCCCCGUCUGACUGCGCUUUCUGGCUCUGGACACUCGGCUUCAUCUCUCCUGCUGCCUAUGGCUUUGCUCUCCAGUGGUGGAAAGCAGAGGCGGCGUCAUGGACAGCAUACAGAGAUUUUCAAACCUGCCUACAUAUCUUCCCAUGAGCUAUCACAUCUGCAAUGCCGACGUUUCCUUCUUCCUCAAAGAAGCCAAUCAGGAUAUUAUGAGGAACUCCAGUUUGCAGUCUAGGACGGAGUCGUUCUUUAUAUACAAAGCCAAGUUUCCACCCGUCCUAAAUGCCACUUAUGGACCCUUUUCAGUUGAACAGGCAAUUCCCCAAGAGCUGAUGCUGACUUCUGCUCCAUUUGGUUUCACAAAUAAGUUUGCUUUUAAUUGGAAAUUAAAGUCUCACAUUAUUGAGAGCUCGGUGUAUUCCAACAAGCCGAAAGUGCAAGCCUUGUUCUAUAUUGCGGGAAAGGACUGGGAGGACUAUAACCCUGCUGAGCAAUUGCCCUGCGUGAAGGUGUAUGCUUUCCUGGAGGAGAGAGAAGUCGUGGCUAGUUGCAGGUUGAAAGGUCACCUCGGAUUGUGUGUGGCCGAACUGGAAUUAUUGCCGAGCUGGUUCAGCUCUCCUACACCCCUGGCUUCAGAGUAUGAGCAAACAGCAGCCUCGCUGGAAGGGAUUACCGUGGAGCUCUUCUAUAAGAUUUACACAGCAGAUGGGGAGUGCUCUCCUGAGGAUGCAAAAUGGGAAAACAACGUACACACGGGCCAAGAUAAUGAUCACAAAGCUUUGCCGCCACUGGAGAGGAUUGGUAGCAUCAUUGUUUACCCGAAUCAAGACCAACUAAAACAGUCUUCUCUGAAUCUCGAUGAUAAUGUCGUGAUCCACUUACCACUCAACCCCGUCAAGGAAGGUGACAUUGUAACUUUCUAUAUUUCCCUUAACGGCGACUCCCUAGCAGAUGAGUUUACAUUAAGAAUUAAGGCAGCACCAGGUGUGAAAAUAAUGGCUAUCAGAGUCAGUGAUGCAGACCAGUGGGGGAUACAAGAAGAAAUAGAUAAUGAAGGGACCACGGCCACUGUUAUAUGUGCACAUCAUGAUCCAAAUGCAGAGAGCAGGGCAAACGUGUCCUUCCAUGAGAUCUUGCAGAUGGAUUUUGAAAUGGACAGUAGCAGCAACCUGACAGGGGCCCAGCAAAUCACCUGGCAGGUGGAAUACCCCAGAGAAGAGACUGUGAGCGAACUGGUGGUCUCCGAGAUCUUUGUCAGCCAAACGACAUUUGCAGGAAUCGUUCCUCUUGCAAUGGACACUGAAGUCCUCAACACAGCCAUUCUGACGGGCAAGACGGUGUCUGUGCCGGUGAAGGUUGUUGCCGUAGAGGAGGAUGGUUCAGUGAUAGAUGUUUCAGACUCCACUGAAUGUAAAUCAGCUGAUGAAGACGUCAUAAAGGUUUCUGACAGAUGCGACUCCAUCUUCGUUAAUGGCAAGGAGAUGAAAAGUAAAGUGGAUACCAUUGUUAACUUCACUUACCAGCAUUUUACUACCCAGCUAGAAGUGACAGUGUGGGUUCCACGGCUUCCUCUGCAGAUAGAGAUCUCAGAUACAGAGCUCAGCCAGAUCAAAGGCUGGAGGAUACCAGUCAGCUCCAAUAAAAGGCCUACCCGGGACAGUGACGAUGAAGAGGAUGACGAACGGAAGGGAAGAGGCUGUACUCUUCAGUACCAGCAUGCGAUGGUGAGAGUCCUCACACAGUUUGUAGCUGAAUCCUCUGACUUUGGAGGCCAGCUGACCUACAUGCUUGGCUCCGAAUGGCAGUUCGACAUCACAGAUCUCGUGACUGAUUUCAUGAAGGUGGAAGAACCUAAGAUUGCUAAGUUACAGGAUGGCCGGGUUCUGGUUGGUCGUGAGCAUGGGAUAACCACAGUUCAGGUUUUGUCGCCGCUCUCUGAUUCCAUCUUGGCUGAGAAGACCGUGAUAGUACUAGAUGACCGGGUAACAAUUACAGACCUAGGGGUGCAGCUAGUUGCAGGCUUGUCCCUAUCUUUACAAAUAAGCAAAGGAAAUAAGAGAGCUAUUGUUUCCACAGCCUCCGCUUACGAUAUUCUUCAUGCCCCAAAACAGGAAGCCAUAGUCAGUGCCUGGAUUUUGUUCAGUGAUGGCUCUGUGACGCCUUUAGACAUUUAUGACUCCAAGGAUUUUUCUAUCACAGUCACUUCACUGGAUGAGAUGGUAGUAUCUGCCCAGCAAAACCUUCAGUCUAGAUGGCCUGGGGUAGUUGCAGAGGGUGACGGGCAAGGACCCCUAAUUAAAAUUGAAAUGGUGAUCAGUGAGCCCUGUCAGAAGACCAAGCGAAAGAGCAUUUUGGCUGUGGGGAAAGGAAGUGUCAAAGUGAAAUUUGGGCAGAAAGAUUCUGAUCACAAAGGAAGCACUAAUGACAUUGAUGACGUGGACAGAGAUCUUAAAAACCACGUGAGCAAUUCCAUAGAAAAGACGGCAGAACAGGAGAGGACAGUGCAAGAAUGGUCCAAAAUUGGAGCUUCCAUUAAUCAUGAAGACAAUGUCAACAAAAGCGCAACUUCCAAAUCUCCCAUUGAUCAGAAAAAAGGUCCCGAGGAUGGCCAGCUCCUAAAUAAUCCAACCGUCUUCACAAAUUUUCCUACACAAGUAGAGAUCCCAGGGCAAAAUAAUCCCAAUGACCUUACGUUGACUUCGAGAGGAUUAACAGAUUUGGAGAUUGGCAUGUAUGCCCUGCUGUGCGUUUUCUGCCUAGCGAUUUUGGUCUUUUUAAUUAACUGCGUGGCUUUUGCUUGGAAGUACAGGCACAAAAGGUUUGCUGUGAGUGAGCAAGGCAACAUCCCGCAUUCUCAUGAUUGGGUCUGGCUUGGAAAUGAGGUUGAACUUUUGGAAAACCCAGUUGACAUUUCACUCCCAUCAGAGGAAUGCACUACGAUGAUUGACAGAGGAAUGCAGUUUGAAGAAAGCAACUUUCUCCUUAAUGGGAGCUCUCAGAAAAAUCUUCACGCUCAGAUCCUCAGAUCAUCCGACUAUGCUUGUGAGAAAGAAGUUAAAAGUGAACCUAUUCAUCCUUCCGGGCCAAAACAGAAACGAGUUAAGUUCACUUCAUAUACCACAAUCCUGCCGGAAGAUGGAGGUCCCUACACCAAUUCAAUCCUAUUUGACAGUGACGAUAAUAUUAAAUGGGUAUGCCAAGAUAUGAAUCUUGGCGAUUCCAAGGAACUUAGGGACUAUAUGGAAAGACUGCAAGACAAUAUGUAAAACUACUUUCUUAUGUUUGUAAUCACCUUUAUGCCUUCUGUUUCAUGGAUGGUGGAACAGUCAGUCCAGUCAGCAAUAGGAAAUAACCCAAGAGAGUCUAACCUGUGGAGGUCCUGAGAUGAUAACUUCAUAUCAUUGAGCAGGUUCAGGAAGCUGGCUGAGUUAAAUGCGUUUCACCAUAAACCAGGAUGUGCCCCUAAAACAGCUCCAUGUAGGUGUUGGAGGUGUCGCACAUGAUGGCUGUUUUUGUAUACUGCCUGGUACUAGCUAAAUGCUAAUACAACUACGCUCAGACUCAGAGGAGACUACCUUUGUUUGUCAUCUCAUGAUAAGCAGUAAUUCAGAGAACGAGGGAUUUUUUUCUGUUGAUUUUUUCUAGUCGUCGUCCUUUGUAAAGCACAGUGGAUAUUUCUUGCUUACAGCCUGAGACUAGGCGUACUUUAAAAGAAAUCUAAAACAAAUCUGUUUAAUUGUACUGCCUACGUGCAAGGCAGCCAAGCAGUUUCAUUACUUUUUACGGGAAGACCCACCCACACGUGGUUCAUUCUUUUCCGUAUUGUUUAUGAAGUUGAUUUGACUUAGGGAGCACUAAAUAUUUUCUUUGGGGACUUCCUUUUUUCUUUUCUUUUCGGUUGUACCAAAGUGUAGUACAGUAUAUUUACAAUGAUUCAGGUUUUCUACUCAUUAGCAUCAGCCCUGAAGGAUACCUCCUUCAUCACUGAUUAUCUUUCUCCUUCCCAUGUGAGUCUUUAAUAUCAGAAACAUAGAAAGGUAUUAAGAAAUCUUACACUGGGAAAGGGCUGUAUCGUCUUACAGGGAACUGUACAUACAAUAAUAAACCCUGGAAAACAAAACAAAAAAAAAAUCAAGGAGUAGCCCUGGGUUUACUUUUGUCGUUGCCAACGUGAAAAAUUACCGGCAGCAAAACCGAAUACCUUUCAAAGAACAAUGCCU